UCACUCUUAGGGAAGGUCUAUGCAAUCACUGGCGGAGCCAGUGGAAUUGGUCUUGCAACGGCUAAGAUCCUCGCACAACGAGGUGCUACUGUGAGCAUCGCUGACAUCGACCCCGAUGCCCGAGAGAGCGCAGCUUCGUACUUUAAAAAGCAAGGGACCCCUUUCUCAACCACUCGGGUUGAUAUAUCUCAGCGAGCCGAGGUCGAAGACUGGCUAGAUGACACUAUCAAAAAGUACGGAAGACUUGACGGCGCAGCCAACGUGGCUGGUGUCAUUGGCAAGCAUCACGGCGUUCGACCUGUAUCCGACCUUGAGGACGACGAGUGGCACAAGAUCAUCAACAUAAACCUGACUGGAACAAUGUAUUGCCUGCGAGCGCAGCUGCGCAGGAUAGUGGACAGAGGAUCAAUUGUCAAUGUCUCAUCUAUCCACGGAUUCGCCAAGCAUGGCGCCUACGAUGCCAGCAAGCACGGCGUAAUUGGGUUGACAAGGGCCGCUGCAAAGGAGAAUGGUCACAGGGAAGUGCGCGUCAACGCUGUCGCCCCAGGUGCUAUCUAUACACCAUUGAUGAAGAAGGCCUGGGACAUCCACAGUCGACCAGAUGACGCUGCGUUCGACGAGCCGAGCGCUUUCCAGCGCCAAGGAACCCCGGAGGAAUGCGCUAAUGUCAUAGCCUUCCUCCUUGGCCCGGAGAGCACAUUUGUGAGCGGGAGUGUGUAUGAAGUAGACGGAGCCUGGCUCUGA